AUGACGCCUUGGCAACUGCGAUGGCUGGCGAUGGUCACUUUAUGUGUUGCCGAACGCCCAAAUCGUGGUGCCCGUGUGCUGGGCACCGCUGCACUGGAAGCCUUGGUGGGUCGCAACGAGAGCGAACCGGCUGCGAAGCCGGCAGAGGGCAAGGAAAUCAACAAGGAAGCAUUCAGCUACCCGAAAUUGAAUCAGAAACUUGAGGAAUUGAAGACACAGACGCAAGAGUAUGAUCAGCAAGUCAAGGGUCCCAUGAUGGAUGAAGCAGACUUAUGGCUCCAGAAGAAGAAGAGUUAUGAGGAUUCCGUCAACAAGCUAGGGAAGGGCAUGAAUGUGCAACGUCAAAUGCUGCACAAGCUCCGUACUGAGUUGAAGCAAAAUGGCACUGGGAAGUUGAAGGAGACGGAGAAAACUCUGAAGGAUGCCCAAGAUUCUGAAGAAUCAGCGGUUGUGAGCACGGGUACAUGGAUGAUGGUGAAAGCUGCGUGGCUGCUCUUGCGGCUGGGCUUACCAUGGGCUUGGCCCGUGGAGCUUCAGAUCAUCGAGGCAGCACGCUUGGACUACUGCGCCAACUCGAAGGAGAAAUUUCGAGACCACCACCUGCUGCUGGUGACCUUGCUGCUGCUGAAUGCCUUGGCAAAUGAGGCCUUACCCAUUUUCCUGGACGACCUCCUGUCGCCGGUCUUUGCAGUCUUGCUGUCGGUCACCUUCGUGCUGGUCUGCGGAGAGAUCUUGCCCUCGGCACCUUGCCGAUUCUUGGCCGAUGAGCCGCCCUUAGGCAGUCUUCACGGGUCCUUGGCAGCUGACCUUCUCAUCUUGGCGAGCGGGUGGUUCGUCCCAGUGGUGCGAUUCCUGCUUUGUGCCUUGUACUGUAUUGCGAAGCCCAUAGCGAGGAUCCUUGACAAGGCACUGAAAAAGGACCGCUUCGAGCGCUUCUCGCGCCCCGAAGUGAGAGCCGUGCUGCGCCUGGAGCGCCCAGGCUCUGGCUUCAGCCCCUUUCGCAGCUCCGCACAGGCUCAGCCGCUGUGCACAGAGGAGGAUCCUCCUGAAAUGGACCCGCCAGUCCUGGAUGACGAAGAGGUCGACCUUUGCUUGGCCAUGCUGAACUUGGGAGACACCUUGGCCAGGGACCUGGUGGCGGUUUUCCCCAGCCUGGAGAAUGUCCAGUGGCCCAUUGAGGUGGCCUGUGAGGACAUCACAGGCCUCGUGAAAGUUUCAGAGCUUCUCACAGCAGGGGUGACCCAGGUGGGAGUGCUUUGCCGGCGCAAGGAGGUGCCAAGACUGGAGGGCUUCUUCCGUUUGCCCCGCUUGGCGGCAGAGGCGGCGCAGAGCCCACAGACCAAGGGACUCCUGAUCGCGUCAUUCGACCAGGAAGAGCUGCGGAAGGCAGUGCUUCAGAUUUGCGCCACUGGGGGUGGUUGGCCCUUGCAACUGCAAGAGCGCUUGCUGCAGCUGUUGCAGACCCCCUGCGAGGCGCGCACAUGCUUGUUUGCUCCAAGUCCACUGGCAGUGGAGGUGGAUGAAGGGUUCACCUCACCGCGAGCGCUGAGCAGUGGGUGGCUACAUCAGGUCUUUCUGGGCAUGGGCGCACUCACGCGUUUGCCCAUCUUCCGCGCACGCGCGGAGCUCUACCGGUCGCAGCCCGCCUCGGUUGUGCUCAGCAACUCCUCGAUUACCCAGAAGAGGGACUGCUUUGCCUUCCGGGGUGCCAACGCCUCGCUGGCCUUGCGCUUGCGCUCGCCGUCGCGGGUGCAGCAGCUAGUGAUCGAACAGCCCCCACGUUGGGCGGCGCUGCGCCCCACCUCACUGCCCCGACACUUCAGUGUCUUUGGCGCCGGAGAGGUCGCUGGUGUCCAGCAGUACACUGAAGCCCUGGGAGACUUCACAUACUCUUCGGCGGGACCUGCAGUGCAGGCCUUUGUGCUGGCAAACACCAACGUGCCUUUGACGGGGAUCCGGGUGGCUUUUGCAGGUCCAGAAUGGGAUCACAACUACAUUUGCCUCUACCGGAUCAAGCUCUUCGAGGGCAUGGAGACUGCCUGCAGCGGCGGGCGGCCGGCUUGGAGGCUGCAAGACAAUUCAAGCUGAUUUGAGCAAUUAAUUGCGCUGCAUGUCCCAUCUCCAUGUCCCAUUGGUUGAGAGAGC